AUGAUUGUAGAUAAGAAAUACGUUCAUCCAUGCUUUCGCCACAAUGGAAGCUUACCUCUCAGCAAUCAUAACAGCUCUCAUCUUGCUUCUCCUCUGGCAGACAAGGAGGGACCAGCAGGAAAGCGUACCAAGACUAAGAACCCUGGUGAGGCACCAACUACGGUGGAGAAAUCCAGCCCUCAGGAGACUUCAGCCCUUAAAAAAUGUGGGAACAAUGCAAGCAGCUACUGGCUGAUGAAGUCAGAGCCAGAAAGCCGCCUGGAGAAAGGUGUGGAUGUGAAGUUCAGCAUUGAGGAUCUCCAAGCCCAGCCCAAGCAGACGACAUGCUGGGAUGGUGUUCGCAACUAUCAGGCCCGGAACUUCCUGAGAGCCAUGAAGCUGGGGCAAGAAGCCUUCUUCUACCACAGUAACUGCAAAGAGCCAGGCAUCGCAGGACUUGUGAAGAUUGUGAAGGAGGCUUACCCAGACCACACACAGUUUGAGAAAAGCAACCCCCAUUAUGAUCCAUCCAGCAAAAAAGACAACCCCAAAUGGUCCAUGGUGGAUGUCCAGUUCGUUCGGAUGAUGAAGCGUUUCAUUCCCCUGGCUGAGCUCAGGACCCAUCACCAAGCUCACAAAGCCACCGGUGGGCCUUUACAGCACAUGGCCCUCUUCACUCUCCAGAGGCUCUCGGUUCAGCCCCUGACCCGAGAGGAGUUCGAUUUUAUUUUGAGCCUGGAGGAAAAGGAACCAAGUUAGCCGAGAUACUUGCUGGAAUGGGCAAGACGUUACUCCAAAGACAACAGGGUGUGCGGAGGCUUGCUUGUUAGGUUCAUCUGAGGUUGUGUCCAUAGGUGGGUUUUCUGUACUUUUCUCAAUAAAACACUAUAUCAGAGCUGGCAAGUGUUUCUUCUCCAGCAACACUGGGUGGUGUGAUACUCAACUGCACGUCUUUAACCUGCAGGCUGGCUGUUUACCCCGUGGCAAAUGCAGGGCUACCUCUGUCAUCUUCCUUCACAAGCAAAUAAAAGGGUAUGGGGCUCUGCCUGUUAAUA